CACAAUGGGGGGCGGUGAAACGCACUAGUAUAGAGAGGCGUUUAGCACGUCCGGGUGCGUCACGAAGGCCACGUCUGAAAACAGAAAACACAAGAGCGGGGCUGCCGAACAGAAAAUCCCUGGAAAUACUGUAAGACGAGGAUUCUGAAGGAACAUUACAAUGGAAGGAAAGUCUUUGGACAGCAACCUGGAUCUUGGAGGCAUUACAGGCCAACUUAACAUUCCCAAGGUUAUUUCAGGAGGUGCAGCUAAGGAAUGGUUUGACCGAAGAAGAUCAACAAUUCGACCAUGGUCAAGCUUUGGUGAUCAGCGACGUUUCUCAAAACCAAAGAACUUUGGUGAAGUUUGCAAAAGACUGGUUAAGAAUCUAGACCACUUUCAGAGCAACUACAUUUUUGUCUUCCUUGGCUUAAUUGCCUACUGUGUUAUCAGUUCACCUAUGUUGCUUAUUGCACUUGCUGUCUUCUUUGGAGCCCUGUACAUCAUACAUCUAAAAGCCCAAGAGUCCAAACUUAUACUUUUUGGUCGUGAGGUCACCGCAGCUCACCAGUAUGGCCUAGCCGGUGGAGUAUCAUUCCCUUUUUUCUGGCUUGCAGGUGCAGGCUCCGCUGUCUUCUGGGUCCUUGGUGCUACAAUGGCCAUUAUUGGCUCUCAUGCUGCCUUCCAUGAAAUUGAGGGAGGAGAGGAGUGUGAACUGACCAUGGAGCCUGUGUGACCCUGAACAAGCCUGGACUUUUCAUUGCUUCAUGAGCUAAACCUUUUCUUUCUUCUUGUGUCCUCAGUUGUUUUUUUAUAGUAUUGUUUACAGACAAAACCAAGAGUCGGAUGGACUUUACACUUUAUACCAAACUGUCAUGUAUUGUUUUUUUUUUUGGUUAUAAUUUGUAGCAUGGCAUAUGUAUUUACAAUAUACAAUAUUGUAGCAGAAGAAGGCUGUGUGUAGCCUUCACUGCUGGUGUGCUAACUUCCAGUAAACCAUUUUGCUCUUUUUGUAGUUUCCAGCACUUUAAUUAGAUGAACUGUUGUUACCUUACCAAGGUCACUCCAUCAGUCUUCAGUAGGCAUUGUUAAUUUUUUUUUGUUCUUUAGAUGCAGCAAUCAGACAAGAAACCUGUAGUUUAUAUACAUGAAACAUGUGGAAAGCAGUUCUUCUGCUGUGCCUUGAGAUGUAGUAUGUUGGCAUCUGUCAUGUUUAAAUGUGUGCAAACCAAGUUUUAACAGGUAUCAUACUAGAAUGGUUUUGGAUGUGCCAGGCCAACAGUCUGCUAUGCAUCAAAUGUGGCCUUGAAGUGACUUUGACAGUCAUAUAAUUUAAAUUUGGAAGGGGAUAUUGUACUGUGGUGAACCUGGGAGGGAGGAGAGUGAUCGAUUCUGUCUAAGUAGAGUGUUCAUACAGUACUUAUUCUGCAAAGGGGAAUUGUUCUGGUUGAUUUUAAGCCACAAACAGUAUUUUACCAAAGUUCUGGCUUGUAAUAAUUUGUACAUAAAAGGUGUCAGUUUGCAGGAAUGUGGAUGAAUGUAGGAGUUAUAGAUGCCUACUGAGAAACAGUCAGUGUGUUUAUUUUUAGAUGCUGAAUUGCUGGCCUGUUUGUUUUUUGGGUGACUCAUUUUGUUUCCGGCUGUAGGAGGACAUUGAUAUUGUAACAGACUGAGACAUCAUAAAUGACAAGAAAUCUCUUAUUCUCUUUAUGUGCCACAUUCGUGUUCUUUUACUGUCAAUCAUAUUUCCUCACUUUUCAAGUUUGCUUUGAUAUGUAGCAGAGAACAGGAAACCUCAUGUCUGACUUGAAGAAAGCCAAAUGAUGUACUGUGUUUUAGUAUAUGGAUUUUAGGAUAUUCAGGAUAAUUGUCUAUUUUUGUCUGAUAUUUCUCAAGUGACUGACUGAUCUGUCAACCACCUUCAUAUAAUUUAAGGGUUUUGGAUGAAAGAUACACACUGAAAGCCUAAAAUGUCAAGGAAACAGGCAGAAAAAUGAGAAAUGCUAUUCAAAAAUGAUUCUUCUAAAUGUAAAAUAUAUAAAUGCCUAAAAUGAUCCAAAUGUUGAACUACGAAUUUUUUUCUCAAAAGGCAUUUUUUAAAGGUGGUAGUCCUUUCCUAUAUCUGUUUUGUCCGAGUUAGGUUGAUCUCAGUUUCUUUGAACUGCUGAAGUAUGUAGAGCGUUGCAUUUGGAAUCACUGAUUCUGACUGCUGAAUAAUACAUUGCUCAUAUAUGAAAACAUGCUGACUCAGUUGGGCAUAGUUAUUCAUCACCAACGAUGUCAGUUUGUCUGUUAUCUUUGCUGCACUUCCUUUUAUUUUUAACAUUUUGCUGUAUUCUGAGCAGAUAAUAGUGCAGCAGAACCUUCCUAGUAUCAGGUACAUAGUACAGGUAAAACUUUAUGUCUUAAGUUAAAAACUAAGAUAAAGUGUUUUGUGGUAAGACAGAAUAUGUUAGUCGAUUGAGUUUAGCCAUUCUGGACAGUUCAAUGUAGAAGCAAAUAUAUCCAUUUACUAAAUUGUCAUUUGUACAGUCAAGUUAACAGUUUUUUCUGUUUUAUAAAAUUUUGAAUUGUAAUGGUUGUUAUCAAACCUAUUGCUAAAUAAGUCAUUAGCUUGUUUUGCAAAAGUCAUUUUGUAAGUUUGUUUCCUGUCAUAUUUCAGAAAGAGUACCUCUCUUGUAACUUGUAAUUUUCCACCUGGAAAAUCCCAUACUGCAAUUGUAAUUUUGACUGGUAUUAUUAUUGUAUAGGGCAUAAAUUUAAAGUAAAUUCAGGUUCCUGUUCUGUUGCUAACAUUUUGUCAAUCCCAUAUUUUAUUCAUUUAUAGCCAAUGUAUGUCAGUAGCUGGAGCAGAUACAUAAACUGCAAUUACUCUAGAGAUUGAUUUUUGAAGCAUAUGCACUGCAGUGUAGUUCAUGCCAGUAUCACUAGUGCCACUGGAAGGUGCACUUGAAAAUUAUUAUAUUCAGCUAUACUUCAGUAACCGUGGAAGGCACCACUGUAUAAUACACACUUAUAUAUAUAUAAUAUAUGUGCACUUUUUAUAAUUAGAUGUAUCCACCUGCUAUGUUUGAUAAAGCAGGAUAUCAAACCAUUUGCAAUAGUCUGCUGUUUAAUUUGUGAGGUGUUAAUGGAAAAAACAGAGAAUGGGUAAAAUCUUUGGCUUAAUUCUUACAUUAGUAUGUAAAAAGAAAAAAAACUGAUGUACGCACAUUCAUGCCACUUGCUUUAUUACACAUAAUUCAAUGCAACCUUUUUCUGUCUGAAAUUAGCAAAUGUGGUAUGUCUGUAUGUAAAUUGAAUAUUCACACAAUUUGAAAAAGUAGGUCAAGAAAAAAAAAGAUUUUCUGCUGCUCUUAUUUAUUUGCCUUUUGUUAGCUGUCUUCAGGCUAAAGAAUUGUUACUUUAAAAGAUCAAUAAAGCGAUUUAAAGAAAAACA